AUGAUUAAUUCGGAUUAGAUUGUGGUGGGGCCAAAUGUUUGGUGUGUGCCGGAGCCUAUAGUUGCAACUGGUUGGCAUUGGUUUGCUUUCUUAUCAUUUUUGGCUGCUAUACCGAACCGCAUUGGGGGCAAGAGGCGUGUCGAGAACAUGGCUAUUGGCAACACGCGAGGAUGGUACAGCGAUGGUUCCAGAUUCAAGGAUUGAACAAUGUCUGGCAGCACCAACAGAUAGCUGGCAUGUGAUGCACAUUGUUCAUCCUUCUAUCAGUCUAUUCUUUGUGAAGAUUCAGUCAGUCUAGCGCAUGAUCUGUUUUGAUCUCCGACAUCUCACAUGGUGGCUUCUGCUGUUGAAAUUUAUUUCUUUUGUGUACAUUAGUACAUGACAAGGUGUACAUUUUCAGCGUUACGCUAUCUAUGCACUUCUCCUGACAGAUGCCUAACACUGUGAUGUGCAUUGUUCAUGCUCCUUAUCAGCCUAUUCUUUGUGAAGAGUCCGUCAAAGCUGGUGUCGGUCCAACAGAUGAUCUGUUUCAUUUCCGGCAUAUCACAUGGUGACUGCUUGGUAUUGCUUCUCAUUUCUUCUAGGGUAUGGGAGUACAGGAGGUGGUUUGGUCAUAUGCAACGAAAACCUCCAGAAGCACCACUGGAAUUCUAAGGAGUAUGGAAAAUACGAGGGGCAGAGGACGACCAAAGUUGACAUGGUCGGAGGCGGUAAAAAGAGACUUGAGGGACUGGAAUGUCCCUAAAGAUUUGGCUCUUGAUGAUGGAAAAACACGUGUUAUAAAGGAAGGUGGAGUGCAUGCAUGGAGCUGUCAGUGCGCAAUCCAGGUAAACUACAGAAAACAGAGGCACUGCAUCGGGGUGCAUGUUCUUCAGGAGCUAAAAACAGCAAUUUUCUGGCUGGAUCCAACAGAUGGCAUUGUGCAGUGUAGUUACAAGACGUCACCAUAGAGUUGAGCAACGCGGUCUCAACCUUGGCAGAGGCAUUUCUCCUGAGCAAGCACAUGACAUACUACAUCACUUGGGCAUCACAAUGCAAUGCGAUAUUGCCAUCGUUUGGGAAUCCAAACGCCUCCUGGGACACCCUCAGGAGCUCACCGAAGAUCAUCGUGCUGAGAUACACCAAUGGUACCUCGAAGCGCCUCCCAUUGGUUGUGUACACGAUGCAGUGUCCCUUGACCGCUGAAGAGGUGCAACACUCUUCAUCUUCUUUGGCUGUUGCAGUCAGCCUCUUUCCCCCAAGUGAUGCCAUCCUUUGCCACUUCUUUGCCAAUUGAGGAAGUCUUUUGGCGCUGACCAUGGUUGGUUCGUGAUCUUGUUCUUCAGCUGUAAAUUUGGAGAAGUGAGUAAUCGAUGGUGUAAUGCUCAAUUGGUGGUGGAACGACCUGAUGCUGUUGAGCUUAGCCGUUUGCUUAAUUUAUAGCCGAGAGAAAGGACAUCUUGAUGGUGAAGUGUAGUUGUCGUUGGAAAAGAUGGCAAGGGACAAGGCCAUGGGAUCAGCACAUGCAGUGUUGUAGAUUUGGAUUAGAUUGUGGUGGGCAAAAUGUUCGGAGCCUGCCGGAUCCAAAUAGAGGUAUCAUCAAACCAUUAGUUGGCUCGCAUAUCAUGUCAAAUUCCACAUUUCAGAUGUGGGUGGAUUAGUUGAGAAUUGAGAUGUGAUGUGUCAAUGAUCAGGGACAAGUGGCUCUGAAUUGACUCGUUCAUGGUUGUGACCGGUUGCCGAUAACCUUCAGUCUCAGAUUGGUUGUUGAUCAGCCAGAUGCACGCCUUUGCCUGAAUCCACUUGCUCAACAUUGGUUGCUGUUUCUUUGGUUGGUGGUUUGCUCUACGUCCAGCAUCUCAUGUUGUCUCCAGUUCACUAUUGUUUCCUCCAUUUUGAUUUUUAAGUCAGUAAGAAAGAAGUAUAUGGUCUGUUUUGAAAUCAUAACCUAAUCCUCACAAAACUGAGAUUUUUAUUUAGGAGCAUUCAGUUUAUUCGUAACUAGUUGUCAUACAAUUGCUAGAUUUCCGGUGUCACUAGUUAUUUAGCGGAUAUUGUUGUUUGAUGGAAGUUUUCUUUCACCUAAUUCCAAGCUGGUAACAUA